ACAGCCCCUCCCUUCUCAUUGCAUCAGGUCACCUGUCUUAAAGAGAGGGCAGGCCGAUGUGAGCACGGCGUUCGACACCUGAGCAGCAAAAGUUUGCGCCAAGAAGUUCGUAAUUAGGCCGCGAGCGUGUCCACCCGUUGAAGCAUGGAGGAGUUGGCUCGAGAGAGCAUUAGCUUACUGACAUCUGUUUCAGCCAAGCCCGCGCUCACCGUGGACGGUCCUCAGCUCGGUUCGUUGGGGGCCAUUUGUAUCAUGCUGAAAUCUGCCCUGGGCGCCGGGCUGCUGAAUUUCCCCUGGGCCUUCGAGAGAGCUGGUGGGAUCCGAAGCGCCAUCACCGUUGAGCUGGUCUCUCUGGUGUUCCUGAUCAGCGGCCUCAUCAUACUGGGCUACUCGUCUGCCAUCAGCGGCCAGUGCACCUACCAGGGGGUGGUCAAGGGGCUGUGUGGGCCCUCCAUCGGCCAGCUCUGCGAGAUAUGCUACAUUUUCAACCUCUUCAUCAUCUCUGUUGCCUUUCUGGUCAUAGUGGACGAUCAGCUGGAGAAAUUGUGUCUGUCCGUAUACGAGCUGGUGAGUGAUCUGCCAGAGUCGGAGAUGCCACACCACUGGUACACGGACCAGCGCUUUGUCCUCCUUCUGCUGUGCCUCUUCCUCCUCCUCCCUCUGUCCUUGUCAAAGGAGAUCAGCAUCCUCAAGUACAUCAGUGUGCUCGGUACGCUGGCAGCCAGCUACCUGACCACCGCCAUCAUAAUCAAGUACCACACCAUGCCUCCCCCACUCGUCCACAGCAGCCCCCCCGACAACGGCGGAAUAAAAUCCUGGGCGUCAAUGCUGAGUGUUAUCCCAACCAUCUGCUUUGGUUUUCAAUGUCAUGAGGCUUCCAUUGCGAUCUUUAGCAGCAUGAAGAACCAGAAGCUAUCCCAUUGGGUCUUCAUCUCUGUGGUCUCAAUGAUCAUCUGCCUCCUCAUCUACACUCUAACUGGAAUUUAUGGAUUCCUUACCUUUGGCCCGGCGGUGAAACCAGACAUUCUGAUGUCCUACAACGGGGACGACAUGCUUAUGGUCAUCGCCAGGCUGCUGUUUGGAAUCUCCAUCCUCACCAUCUAUCCCAUAAUUCUACUUCUCGGCAGGUCUGUGAUGCAGGACCCCAUACUGAAGUGGUGGGCGGGUCGUGACGGCUCGGUGCCAGAGACGGUUGAGGUCCGCAGCCGCUGCGUCCUGUCCUUCCUGUGGAUCGCGCUCACCCUCCUCAUCGCCAUGUUUGUCCCGGACAUCAGCAAGAUAAUCAGCGUCAUCGGCGGGGUCAGCGCCGCCUUCAUCUUCAUCUUCCCCGGUCUGUGUUUGAUAUGUGCCAUGCAGUCGGAGCCUGUGUCCUUCAAGACCAGAGUUGUUCUCACUACAUGGGGUGUGAUAACCUUGCUGUGUGGAGCCUUCAUCUUUGGCCAAAGCACCACUGUUGCCGUCAUGCAAAUCCUUGGCAGGAUCUAGGACUUUACCUCUGCAAUUUACCUUGUGAUGGACAUGUUCGUGGCUAGGUCUUGGAUUCCGUUUUCCUCUUGCAUUUGAGGGCUAAGGACACACGCAGGCACCAGGAACCAUUUUCAUUGGAAUCUGGCAAUUUGGACAUCAUUGUGCAAUGUGGUGCCAAUUGUGUAGCGGCUACAAAUGUAUUGAUUUAUUUGAUUAAACAAUGUCCCACAGUCAUCGUUGAUCUGCAUUUGAGUUCAAACGCGUCCAGCACUGUCCAGAGUGGUUCACACACCAACCCUCUAAGGACACAUCCAUAGCCUCUCUGCACUAGCCCCUUGUGUUAAAGGCUAAAGCUAGGACAGAUAAUGGCUCUUCAGCACGACCAUGUCUCUCGUAACAGUUUUUGUCUGCAGAGGGCUUGCAUUGUUCCUUAAAGGAAUAGUUAAACAUGAACAUGGUUCAAGCAGUAAUAUCCACAAGUUGUAAUGGUUAUUUUGAUUAUUUUUAGUGGACUCUGCCAACUACCACAAUGUGUCUUGCGUUUAUUAAAAGUACUUGCUGCCAAGUUUCCUUUGAGCUGCACAAAAACAAUGGUUUCUUUGCAGCCAUUGUGAACACGAAUUAGUGAUUUGUUUGAUUCUCAAAUUAUUUGUCAACCAUUUUCUGUUUAUAAAAUUGUCAGAGUGCAUUCUAAUGUCCUUUGUUCUCACUCUAACUUGAUGGGUGUUGAGAAAUCUAACUAAUUUCCUG